AUGACCUACGCGAGCGCGCCGCCCAUACUGUGCGUCCACACGAGCGACCAACCGGACCGGAGGGCGAACGUCGACGCCCAGGCCCGGCGGUUCGAUCUACCGGUGGAGGUGGUGACCUUCUCCAAGGACGACCUGGAUCCGGUCCGAGGAUGUUGCGCGUCCCAUCUUUGCGUGCUCCGCCUCUCGCGCGAGCGCUGCUAUGAUGCCGUGAUGGUGGUCGAAAACGACGUGGACUUCGUAUCAGACCCGCGGCCUUGGGCUCGGGGCCCGAAGAAACUCCCCUGGGACGUGUGCUAUAUGGGGGGUACCCUGUCCAGAGUCGUACUGACCGCACCGGAAAUCAUGACCGACGCGACCUCCGUCGCCGUGUUGGAGCUCGCCGCCCGGGAGCCGUUCGAGGACGUGGACGCCAGGAUCGCCGGGCUGACGGCGGAGGUCGUGGUGAUCUUACCUGCCACGGAGGCCCCGGGAGAGGACGUGCGGACGCGCGUUGCACGAGCUUUCGGCAAGGUCGCGUCCUCCAACGCGAACGCGUUCGUGGAUUCGCUCGAAGGAGGCCGCGCAAUCCGUUUCGCCGCAGCCACGUACGAGAGGGCCCGCGUGGGCGCCUGUCUCGAGGGCGAGGGCAUCGUGGGUCCGGCGAUCAUGCGGGCCGUGUUGGAGCGCCUGAUGGAGGUCACGCACUGUGAGGUCCGCUGCGAUGCCCCCGCGAGCGGACCCUCGAGCAUCGCUCUGGAGAGACGGGCGUGGCUCCCCGCCACGGUCCUCUCUACGCACUGCUACGUGAUGGCCGGCGCCUGUCUGGACGCUUUCAUCGCGGCUCUCGAGGCGAACCUCGACUCCGACACGGUGGAGCCCGUGGACGUCGUGUAUAGACGAUUGAGCGAGUCGAGAGACGUGUACAUGCUGCGCGAGCCCGUGGCCCUGCAAGUGGCCUCGUAUUCGGACGUCGAGCGCGAACGGACGGACUACCGCAAGGUGCAGGCCUACACGCUCCCGGAGUAUCCAGUCAACCACGAGAGGCGGAGCAUACGGCGCGCCACGGUGAGGGACGACGGGCUCACGCUGGCUCUGGCCGAGGUCGACCCCCUGCCUCGCGUCUCCGUGCUGACCAUCACGAGGAACCGCAGGCGGCGGUUCGCGCUGGCCGUCAACAACUUCCGGAGGUUCGACUACCCCGCCGACAGGCUGGAGUGGGUGAUCGUGGACGAUUCCGACGAGGGUUGCGACGCCCGCCCGUCUCUCGGCGCCCUGCGGAGGGACCCCCGCGUGCGAUUCGUCAGGGCGACCACGUUCGACGGAAAGCCCCUUCCGAUCGGCAAGAAACGGCAGCUGGCCUGCGAGCAUGCCACCGGCGACGUAUAUUUCCACAUGGACGACGACGACUACGUGCCCGGACACGCGGUGUCGGCCCGCGUGAAGAGCCUCCGCACCUAUGCCGCCCGCUGCGUCGGGUCGACGACCAUUCUGUGUUACGACGUACGUUCGCGGGAACUGUUUGCGUGGACGUCCGCGGACGUCUUCGGCGACCUCAACGUGAUGCCCGAGGCGGGGCUGGCAUACGAGCGGGAGUUCUGGGAGGAGCGUGGGGUGCAUGCAUCCAUGCGCAUGUCUGCCGAUGCGGGGCAGAUAUUUCCGGACGAGUUCGAGCGACAGUUGGAGAUGGUAUGA